GGUCUCUUUUCGGCUUCGCUGUGACAAGCAUGGCUGACACUGGUCUUGUAGAAACGCUUCUUCGGCGGGUGGAAAAGGUGGACYGUGGUCUCGACAGUCAGGAUGUUGCGACCAGUCUUGGGGUGGACCACCAAGCUAUUGUCGGGGCUGUGAAGAGCCUACAGGCACUUGGUGAUGUGAUCUCAGCUGAGCAGCGCUCCUCGAAGCACUGGGAGCUGACUGGGGAAGGCUGUGAGAUAGCCGAGCAGGGCAGCCAUGAGGCCAGAGUCGUCAUCUCCAUCCCAGAGGAAGGGAUGCCUCAGAGCCAGCUCAUGAAACUAGCCUUUGGGAAGGUGGGUUUUAGCAAGGCCAUGUCCAACAAGUGGAUCCGUCUGGAUAAGGGCCACGAGGGCGGACCCAGGAUCUUCAAGACUGUGGAGCACUUAGAAGACUUGGUGAGGGACAAGUUGCUCCUGGUACAGAAAGGCCAGGCGUCUCAACUGGAGGAGAAGGAGAAGAAUGAGCUGAAGAAACGCAAACUGCUCUCUGAAGUGACGGUCAAGUCCUAUUGGAUCACAAAGGGCAGCUGUUUCAGCACCACCAUCACUAAGCAGGAGACGGAGCUCACCCCAGAGAUGAUCGCUAGUGGGAGCUGGAAGGAGAAGAAGUUCAAGCCUUAUAACUUUGAGGCCAUGGGUGUGGCCCCAGACUGUGGCCACCUGCAUCCGCUCCUGAAGGUCCGCACGCAGUUCAGACAGAUCUUCCUGGAGAUGGGCUUCACUGAGAUGCCCACCAACAACUUCAUUGAGAGCUCCUUCUGGAACUUUGACUCCCUGUUUCAGCCCCAGCAGCACCCUGCCAGAGACCAACACGACACCUUCUUCCUGUCUGACCCAGCUCAGGCCCAUGAGUUUCCCCAGGACUACCUGGAGAGAGUGAGGAAGGUCCAUUCAGAGGGAGGCUUUGGAUCACAGGGGUACAAGUAUGACUGGAAGAUUGAGGAGGCUCAGAAGAACAUCCUCCGUACUCACACCACAGCAGUCAGCGCUCGCAUGCUGUACAAACUCGCUCAGCAGGAAAAGUUCACCCCUGUCAAGUACUUUUCCAUCGACAGAGUAUUCCGUAAUGAAACUCUGGAUGCCACCCACUUGGCAGAGUUUCACCAGAUUGAGGGAGUGGUGGCUGACUAUGGCCUUACCCUGGGUGACCUCAUGGGCAUCCUUCAUCAGUUUUUCAAUAAACUAGGAAUCACCAAAUUACGCUUUAAACCGGCCUACAAUCCAUACACCGAGCCGAGCAUGGAAGUGUUCAGCUAUCAUGAAGGGCUGAAGAAGUGGGUGGUGGGGAACUCGGGGAUGUUCAGGCCAGAGAUGCUGCUGCCUAUGGGGCUCCCUGAGGGGGUGACGGUCAUCGCCUGGGGGCUGUCUCUGGAGAGGUGAGUCAAUGACAA